GCUGCGGACCCAGGCGAGAUGGCGGCGACCGAAGGGGUCGGAGAGGCUGCGCAGGGCAGCGAGCCUGGUCAGCCGGAGCAGCCGCCGCCCCAGCCGCACCCUCCGCCGCCACAGCAGCAGCAGCAACAGGGAGAAGAGGCGGCGUCCGAGGGGGGAGAAGCGUUGGCAUCGCCAAUGGACGAUGGGUUUCUGAGCCUGGACUCGCCUACCUAUGUCCUGUACAGGGACAGAGCAGAAUGGGCUGAUAUAGAUCCAGUGCCACAGAAUGAUGGCCCUAAUCCAGUGGUCCAGAUCAUUUAUAGUGAAAAAUUUAGAGAUGUUUAUGAUUAUUUCCGGGCUGUCCUGCAGCGUGAUGAAAGAAGUGAACGGGCUUUUAAACUAACAAGAGAUGCCAUUGAGUUAAAUGCAGCUAAUUAUACAGUUUGGCACUUUCGGAGAGUUCUCUUAAAGUCACUUCAAAAGGAUCUUCAUGAAGAAAUGAACUAUAUCACUGCAAUAAUUGAGGAACAGCCCAAAAACUAUCAAGUUUGGCAUCAUAGGCGAGUUUUAGUGGAAUGGCUGAAAGACCCAUCUCAAGAACUCGAAUUUAUUGCUGAUAUUCUUAACCAGGAUGCAAAGAAUUACCAUGCCUGGCAGCAUCGACAGUGGGUUAUUCAGGAAUUUAAACUUUGGGAUGAUGAACUACAGUAUGUAGACCAACUUCUCAAAGAAGAUGUGAGAAAUAACUCUGUCUGGAACCAAAGAUACUUUGUCAUUUCUAAUACCACUGGCUACAAUGAUCCUCUUGUAUUGGAGAGAGAAGUCCAGUAUACUCUGGAAAUGAUCAAGCUAGUACCACAUAAUGAAAGUGCAUGGAACUAUUUAAAAGGAAUUUUGCAGGACCGUGGCCUUUCCAAAUAUCCCAAUCUGUUGAAUCAGUUACUUGAUUUACAACCAAGUCAUAGUUCUCCCUACCUAAUUGCCUUUCUUGUGGAUAUCUAUGAAGACAUGCUGGAGAACCAGUGUGACAACAAGGAAGACAUUCUUAACAAAGCAUUAGAGUUAUGUGAAAUCCUGGCUAAAGAAAAGGACACUAUAAGAAAGGAGUAUUGGAGAUACGUUGGAAGAUCUCUUCAGAGCAAACACAGCACAGAAAGUGACCGGCCAGCAAAUGCACAGCAAUAACACUAUCCGGAAGAACUUGAUGGAAUGCCUUUAUUUUUUA